AGUCAGACUAUGAUCGGCUCAGAAAGGCUUUUGCGUGUGUGAGUCAAGAGAAAGACUCUGCCAGGCAGGAGAAGGCUCAGCUCCAAGACAAACUGGAGAACCUUGAGCAGGUCCUGAAGCAUAUGCGAGAGGCUGCGGACCGGCGGCAGCAAUUGGAGGCAGAGCAUGAGCAGGCCUUGGCUUUCCUCAACUCCAGACAGCAGGAGAUCAACCUUCUGCAGAAGGUUCAGGCUGAAGCUGAAAAAGAACGCGAAGAAGUGGUGCAUCUGCUAGAGAGCCAUAUGGACAAAAUGCAGGUCAAGGUUCAUGACUUAGAGCAGAAAUGCCGGACACAGAGUGAGCAGUGCAAUAUUUUGUCGAAAGAGCUGGAGAGAUAUCACCUGGGGUCAGACGCGGAGGAGACACUGAACACUGACUCACAGGAGAAAAACAGUUACAACAGCCUGCAGCGCGAGGCUGAAAAAAGUGAUGAGAGAUCUGACGGAUCUCCACUGGUCUCAGAACUGCCCAUAGUACAGCAACACAAGAGAGACAAGCCAGAGGAGCUGUCGGUCAAACCCACCGUCCAAACCCAGAGUCGCUCCAGUAGCCCCAUGCAAGCAUCCCUCUCAGAGAUGGAGAAUGAGGUGAGCCCUGCUCCGAGGUCCAAGACGAGAUACACAGGCCAGGUCCGCCUCGGCACUGUCCGAUACAGUUAUAAUCCCUAUGAUGGACCUAAUGAGCAUCCAGAAGCAGAGCUUCCUCUUGUGGCAGGGAAGUAUUUGUACGUAUAUGGGGACAUGGACGAUGAUGGAUUUUAUGAAGGAGAGCUGUUGGAUGGCCAGCGUGGCCUGGUUCCCUCAAAUUUUGUGGAGUUUGUCCAGGACAAGGAAAAGUCAUCUAUCAAGGGUGGAGAGGAGCAGGGCAGGCUGGAGCAGAGCUGUCUUAGCCUGAUGACCAUAGAUGGAGGUGCUCAUCUGGACAGCCUUAGGAGCGACGCCCUCGGCCACUGCACCAACGGGACAGGUGCACUGGAUGGAGAGGAGCUGGGUGACGACAUCGUGCCUUACCCCAGGAAGAUCAACCUGAUCAAACAGCUGGCAAGAAGUGUGAUAGUGGCCUGGGAAGCGCCUCUAGUGCCCCUUGGCUGGGGCAACAUCAAUGGCUACAAUAUCUUAGUGGACGGGGAAGUACGUUCCUCUGUGCCAUUUGGAAGCAGGACCAAACUGCUUCUCGAGAAGCUGGACCUGGCUUCCUGCACAUACCGCGUGUCAGUACAGAGCAUGACGGACAGGGGGCUCUCCGAUGAGUUGCGCUGCACCUUGCUGGUGGGCCGCAAUGUUGUGGUGGCACCCACCGGCUUGCGCAUGGACGAUAUUUUACGUGACUCCGCCGAACUUUCGUGGCUUCCCAGUAAUAGUAACUAUGGCCAUGUUGUGUACUUAGAUGGUGUGGAGCAUGCUGUGGUGAGGCCGUGCUCUUACAAACUGCGUUUUGUGAACCUGAAGGCCGCCACAGUGUACAAGGUAAAAGUGUUGGCCAAACCUCACCAGGUGCCCUGGCACAUGCCCCUGGAACAGAGAGAGAAGAGAGAGGCUGGGGUGGAGUUCUGCACCCAAGCUGCAGGACCCCCUCUACCUCCUCAAGAAGUCCAGGUCCAGUGUGGACACGCCCCAGGGGUCCUCCAAGUCCGUUGGAAGCCCCCUCCAAUGACAACCACGGGAACCUCCAAUGGUGCAAAUGUCAUUGGCUAUGCAGUGUGCACAAAGGGUCAGAGGAUCGCUGAGGUGAUGUAUCCACUGGCAGACUAUGUGGCAGUAGAACUGAACCGUCUCCAGUGCUUGGAGGCCCAUGAGGUUAUUGUCAGGACUUUAUCAGCACAAGGGGAAUCUCAAGACUCCCAUGCCGCCGUCAUUCCAAACCACCUGCUGGUGCCUCUUCCUAAAACCCUCCCUCCUUCUCACCACAUGCCCCAGCAGUCCCAACCAAUGCCUCCUCAUCCCCAAAUCCGGACCCUUCCCCCUCACCCUGGACCCCAACCCCCCACCCAUCUCCAACCCCUUCCCAUCGAGAGGAGAAGCCAGGGCUUUCACUCUCAAAAUUCAGAUGAGGAAGAGGAUGAGGAAAGCUAUCAGGCCCGCAGAAGAGGAGCAUCUAUGGAUGACUUCCUCAGGGGCUCAGAGCUGGGCAGGCAGUCUCAUUACAGUCACAGCGAAGAGUAUCAUACUGAGAGCAGUCGAGGCUCGGACCUCUCAGACAUCAUGGAAGAGGACGAGGAGGAGUUGUAUUCUGAAAUGCAGCAUGAAGAAGGCAGGCGACGAAACUCCCACAAUGCACCCAAGACCGGAGCCAGCGCUCCAUCUUCGAGUCAGCUGGAUCGGGAAUCAUACCGGAAGCCAUCUCACCGAGAACCUCAACCUCAGCGCCGACCCCUCACGGUCCCAUCCAUUGGUCAGUGCAUGCUCUCCCAGCCCUCAGAGAUAACCACUGAGAGUAACAGUGAAGGGAACCUCUCUCCCGUCAAGGAGGAUGUUUACUAUGGCAGUGUAGCGCGACACAGGACAUGGUCCUCCCGAAGGCACGGGGGACACAGGCCUCCUUAUGAUGGAUACCGGGACCAAAGCCGCCGCUCUCCCCCAUACUAUGAUGAGUCUGAGCAGGAGGAUCCGUUUCGAGUCUUUGUGGCGCUCUUCGACUAUGACCCUCUCUCCAUGUCCCCUAACCCUGAUGCAGCUGAUGAGGAGCUCCCAUUUAAAGAGGGACAGAUUAUCAAGGUGUAUGGGGAUAAGGAUAACGAUGGCUUUUAUCGUGGGGAGAUCCGGGGCAGGUCUGGACUUAUUCCCUGUAACAUGGUGUCGGAAAUCCGUGCUGAGGAUGAUGAAACCAUGGAGCAGCUCAUGAAACAGGGAUUUCUCCCUCUCAACACUCCUGUAGACAGAAUAGAACAAAAUAGGAGAGGUCGCCACCCAGUGGCCACAAGAAGAAUGGUUGCCCUGUAUGACUAUGACCCCAGAGAGAGCUCCCCAAACGUGGACGUUGAGGCUGAACUGACAUUCUGUGCUGGCGAUAUCGUUGCUGUUUUUGGGGAUAUAGAUGAAGACGGCUUCUAUUAUGGUGAGCUUAAUGGACAUCGGGGCUUGGUUCCAUCCAAUUUUCUAGAAGAAGUGCCUGAUGAUGUGGAGGUCUAUCUGACGGAUACUCCCUCCCACCAUGGCCAGGACAAGCCCAAUCCAGUGCUGGCACCGCGCCCAGAGACCAAACGGGUGCCUGUGGAAAGUACAGUGCCAGCUCCGGCCCCUGGAAGACCCGCCUCUCCCACUGUGCGUCCUAUGCUUCCUGUUGGCCCAGUCAGGCCGCUGAGCCCUGCCAGGGGUCCAAGAGACCUGGCAUCUAAAAAGAAAAAAGGACUGCUCUCUAAGGGGAAGAAACUGCUCAAAAAGUUCUCAAAGUAAAAGUAUGAGUUUGAUUUCAAAUUCAUAUGGCUACAACAGCAUACAGAUUUCUCUGUCAAAAGAGAGACCGCCAAUCCCCAUCGUUUUGGAAAAGUCUUCGAUGAUUUUUUUGGUCACAAAAAAAUUAAUCUAAACAGCUUUCACAUUAACAUGCCACGUACAUAUCAUGAAAUAUAUCUAAUAUCCAGAUGGAAAGGAAUGACAUAUAUAGACAGUGAGCUUGCUAAUUGGCUUUCAGAAUGAAAGCAUCUAUUCAUGCUGUGAGGUAGAGGACAAAGAGACAUUAUUAAUAUUUAAGGAAUUCCUUUUAUUAUAAUUUCCAUAUUUCAAGUCAAAGUGCUGGAUUUUGAAUGAAAUAUUCAAUCCCAUAGAUUUUCAAGUUUGGUAUAGCACUUGGUGAUAAAAACAGU